AGAUCCAUCUAUUCCUCUCCUUCCAAACUCAGUGGAUUGUUCCACAGAAGUUCCUAGAAAUACUUUUUUUUUUUACCACAACAGUGGGUUUAGCACGAAACUUCUGAACUUUCAAGGUGUUGGUUUGCCUUUGUUCAUUGAUUUUAAAGUCUGACCAGGUUCCCUAUUAUGAAUCCUUUGCAAGUGAAGACAUGUUGCAGAAUAUUAUUUGUUGUGAACAUCAUAUAGAUUUUUGUAUUGAAUUUUCUCUAGCUUUCUAUAAUACUGCUUAAUCAUUUCAGGGGAAAAUGCUGUGGUAGUAACUUCAUAAAGUUCUCUUGAUUCAAUGAAUUGCUUUUAUUGGAAUAGAGUCAUAGAGAUAGAGAACCUCAUUGUGGCAAUUCACCUGGAACAGAGUAAUUUGCUCUUUUGGUUGACAACAAAUUAUUUGAUCGAAUUUUAAUGGACGUAUAUUGUUCUCUUCUUUUCAAAUAUAUAUUUCAUUUUUUUGGAUAAGAAACAGGAAAGGAAUAUAUUCCAAAAGAAUAAAAAACUUUAAGCCCCCCAAAACCAGCCUAACAGCCAUCUUUGUCAAACAUUUCAUUUAACGAGAAUUCCUUGAUACCAUGCCUUUUCUCCACAGAUUUCUAAUCCAAAUUAACAUGUAGUGGGGUAUACAUUAUUGGACUGAUUUGGACUGAUGUUAGCCAUGAGAGCAAAAAAUUCUCUCCCGACAGUAUUAAAGACAAGUUACGUCUGUCUUCGUUUGAACCAUCCAUUAGGUUGCAGUUUUGCAAUCCGAAAAAUACAAUAAAACAACUUUUGUCCAAGGGGUAGUAGCAACCGAAUUAGCAGCUUCCAAGCCACACACCGGCAGCAUAAUAUGCUUAUCAGUUAACUCAAGAUCCUUGACUCCUAUUUUUUUUACGACAGGAAUUAAGUUAUAAAUGUGGGUGAUGUGAUGUCAGUGUAUUCUUGAACUUGAAAGUAUUUGUAAUGAGUUGUUAAUUUGGAUCUCGAGUAGUGUGGAGGAAUGUGGACAAUAUUAUGGGCAUUAUCAUAAAAUUCCGGUCAUGCGGAUGGUUCAUAUGUGAUUUGGUUAAAGCACUCCGAGUCUCCAUAUCUUAUCAUUAUAAUUACAUAAUCUUUUACCACAAAUAAAUAAAGCAAUUAUGAGAAAAUGGCAAUCUUAGUCUCCGUAUCAUAUCAUUAUCAAAAUGCAAAGUAAAUGGCAAUUAAGAGAUUGGAUAUCACAUAAUCAUCCUUCACCACAAUUAAAUAUAACAAUUAAUUCCUUCUCUCUGAAAAUGGAGAAUAUUCCUAUAUAGAAAACAUCAAUGGCCAUACUUUACACCAAUGAACACUAUUCCCUUCCUUUUUGAUAAUUGUGAAACUUACAUUUUUCUCCACCUUCAUUCUAUAUUCGUUAUUUCAUAGUCUGAACUAGUGAUGCAGUCCAUCCAGUGCUACCCAACUUCAGGAACUAUGCAUCAUCGAAUGUAUCCUCAAGCACAACCUCCAGUGAUCAACCCUUACAGCAGCCCAAUCCCAUCCUUUGCAAGGAAGGAGCCUAAAUUUAAUGCAGCCGUGAAGCACCGUUUGGCAGAGCAGAACAGAAGGAACAGAAUCAGUGGCCAAUAUGCCACGCUCCGUGCCAUCCUUCCCAGCCUAUCCAAAACGGAUAAGAGUAAGCUGAAAAAGGCUUUUGUGCUUUCUGAGACAAUCCGUGGAGUGAAGGAGCUUAAGAAGCUUGUAUCAGAAAAGAGAGUAGCCAGUCGUGAGUUCAGAGAUUGUGGGAUACCUAGUGGAGCAGAUAGGUUGAGCUUAGAACAAUGUGAUGGUGGUGAAGGGAUGGUGAAGGCUGUAAUGAGCUGUGAGGACAGGCAGGAUAUCAUGGCAGAAUUAGCCAAAGCACUGAAAACAAUGAAAGUGAAGCUGGUUAAAGCUGAAAUGGUGACUGUGGGUGGAAGGAACAAGUUUUCUCUAUGGAUUCAAGGCCCUAAAGAAGGACAUAGUGGGCUUAAGAGAGUUUUGGAGGCUGUUAUGAGAAGGCCUUCAUGGAUUGCUAGAAAACCCAGAAAUGUUUGGCAGUCUCGAGCUUCAACAGAUAGCAAUUUUAACGGAGUGACUUCUUGAACACAAAAAUUUCUUGUUUUUCUUAAAGUAAACAUAAUUACCCGUUUGUAUUUAGAGGUCAAUUGUGAAUUGUGAUGGCCUUUAUGGGAAACCAUCCAACCUCUAAUCCAUACAUAUAUAUCCUCACAUAAUUGGGAAAACUUAUGUAAAUGAAACUGAAUGAAAAAAUAAAUUGAUAUUACAGAUUAGUUUUGAAAAAA